GCCGGCGGCGGGCGCCGCGUCACAAUGGAGCCGGCGGGAGGCGGCGGGCCGGCCGGCGCUGGGGCUUCCCGCUGAGCCCGGGCCCCGCAGCCCGGAGAGCGGGCCGGCGCCGCCUGCGCGCCCGGGAGGCGCAGGGUUCGCCGCGGGGCGCGGGCGCGGGCGGCUGGAUUCGCGCAGGGCUCCAGUUUGUAGUAUUUCCAGCUGCCUACUAGAUCUCACCACCUAAAUGGCCCAAAGGAAUUUUUCAAAUAGAAACUAAUGGCAAAGUUUCCGGUUGACCAGCAUUCAUAGGAAUGAAGACACACACAGAGAUGGUGUUUCUAAGAAAUUUUAAAAGGUGUAGGCCUCCUGAUUGAAGCUUUGUCAAAUUAUUGGAAUCAUUUUUUUAUUGUUUUUCUUUAUUCCUCCUCCAAGGGAAAGUCAUGAUCACACUAACGGAGCUAAAAUGUUUAGCAGACGCCCAGUCAUCUUAUCACAUCCUAAAACCCUGGUGGGACGUCUUCUGGUAUUACAUCACCCUGGUCAUGCUGCUGGUGGCCGUGCUGGCGGGCGCGCUGCAGCUGACGCAGAGCCGGGUUCUCUGCUGUCUUCCGUGUAAGGUGGAAUUCGACAAUCACUGCACCGUGCCCUGGCACCUCCUGAGAGCCAGCGCGAACGCGUCCUCCGACCUCGGGCCGCCGCUUCCGCUCCCCCUCCGAAUCCAGAACGACCUCCACCGCCAGCAGUACUCCUACAUCGACGCCGUCUGCUACGAGAAGCAGCUCCACUGGUUCGCCAAGUUCUUCCCCUACCUGGUGCUCUUGCACACGCUCAUCUUCGCAGCCUGCAGCAACUUUUGGCUUCACUACCCCAGCACGAGCUCCAGGCUCGAGCACUUUGUGGCCAUCCUGCACAAGUGCUUCGACUCCCCGUGGACCACCCGCGCCCUGUCGGAAACGGUGGCCGAGCAGUCGGUGAGGCCGCUGACGCACUCCAAGUCCAAGGUUCUGCUUUCGUCCUCAGGGUGUUCGGCCGACGUGGAUACCAAUAAGCAGUCACUGCCCUACCCGCAGCCCGGCAUGGAGUCAGCUGGCAUAGAAAGCCCGACCUCCAGCGUCCUGGACAAGAAGGAGGGCGAGCAGGCCAAAGCCAUCUUUGAAAAGGUGAAAAGGUUCCGCAUGCACGUGGAGCAGAAGGAUAUCAUUUACAGAGUGUAUCUGAAGCAGAUAAUAGUCAAAGUCAUCUUGUUUGUCUUCAUCAUUAGCUAUGUUCCAUAUUUUUUAACCUACAUCACUCUUGAAAUCGACUGUUCGGUUGACGUGCAGGCUUUCACGGGAUAUAAGCGUUACCAGUGUGUCUACUCCUUGGCAGAAAUAUUUAAGGUCCUGGCUUCCUUCUAUGUCAUUCUGGUUAUACUUUAUGGCUUCACCUCCUCCUACAGCUUGUGGUGGAUGCUGAGGAGCUCCCUCAAGCAAUAUUCCUUUGAGGCGUUGAGAGAGAAAAGCAACUACAGCGACAUACCAGAUGUCAAGAAUGACUUUGCCUUCAUCCUCCAUCUGGCUGACCAGUACGAUCCUCUUUAUUCCAAACGCUUCUCCAUAUUCCUGUCGGAAGUCAGCGAGAACAAACUGAAGCAGAUCAACCUCAAUAACGAGUGGACGGUGGAGAAACUGAAAAGUAAGCUGGUGAAGAACGCCCAGGACAAGGUAGAACUGCAUCUCUUCAUGCUGAACGGUCUUCCAGACAAUGUGUUUGAGCUGACUGAAAUCGAAGUGCUCAGCCUGGAGCUGAUUCCUGAGGUCAAGCUGCCCUCCACCGUGUCCCAGCUGGUCAACCUCAAGGAGCUCCAUGUGUACCAUUCGUCUCUGGUGGUAGACCAUCCCGCCCUGGCCUUCCUAGAGGAGAAUUUAAAAGUUCUCCGCCUGAAGUUUACUGAAAUGGGGAAAAUUCCACGCUGGGUAUUUCACCUGAAGAAUCUCAAGGAACUUUAUCUGUCGGGCUGUGUCCUCCCUGAGCAGCUGAGCACCAUGCAAUUGGAGGGCUUUCAGGACUUAAAAAACCUGAGGACCCUCUACUUGAAGAGCAACCUGCCCCGGAUCCCACAAGUCAUCACAGACCUCCUGCCUUUCCUGCAGAAACUGUCCCUCAAUAACGAGGGAAGCAAACUGGUUGUGCUGAACAACCUGAAAAAAAUGGUCAAUCUGAAAAGCCUAGAGCUGCUCAGCUGUGACCUUGAACGCAUUCCACACUCCAUUUUCAGCCUGAACAAUCUGCAUGAGUUAGACCUAAAAGAAAACAACCUUAAAACUGUGGAGGAGAUCAUCAGCUUUCAGCAUCUCCAGAACCUUUCUUGCUUAAAAUUGUGGCACAAUAACAUUGCUUAUAUUCCUGCCCAAAUUGGGGCAUUAUCUAAUCUAGAACAGCUGUCUUUGGACCAUAAUAAUAUUGAGAAUCUACCCCUGCAGCUUUUUCUAUGCACUAAACUACAUUAUUUGGAUCUAAGCUAUAACCACCUGACCUUCAUUCCAGAAGAAAUCCAAUAUUUGAGUAAUUUGCAGUACUUUGCUGUGACCAACAACAAUAUUGAGAUGCUACCAGAUGGGCUGUUUCAGUGCAAAAAGCUGCAGUGUUUACUUUUGGGGAAAAACAGCCUGAUGAGUUUGUCCCCUCUCGUGGGUGAGCUGUCGAACCUUACUCAUCUGGAGCUCAUUGGUAAUUACCUGGAAACACUUCCUCCUGAACUGGAAGGGUGUCAGUCCCUAAAACGGAGCUGCCUGAUUGUCGAGGAGAACUUGCUCAAUACUCUUCCUCCCCCCGUCACAGAACGCUUGCAGACGUGCUUAGAUAAAUGUUGACCUAAAGAGAAAACUAAAAGUGUGCCCCAGGGCUUUAAAUGAGAACUGAAAUUUCCUAACUUAUAAAGAUUUUUUUAAUGGGUAAUAAUUAUGACUAACUUUAAUCAGAUGUUUUAUUAAAGCCUCUCAGUGUCUAAGUAAACAGGUAAAAGGUGUUAACACUGAAAUGAGUUUUGUGAAUAAUCGAUCUUUUACUUAUUGACUUGUAAGGGUGGAAUGGGGGACAUGAAAUUAUUGAGUGUCCACCCUGCAGUUAUUACCUUGAAGAUGAUUCUUUCCUCUCCCUCCCCAGCCCCAUUACUUAUUUGCACACUUGUUUUAACUGACAUCUUGUUUGGCUAUUUAUCAGCUAGACCAUAAACUCAUCAAUAUAAAUGUCCUUGAUGUACACUUAACACUGUCUUUGAUUUAUGUUCUUAAUUAUUUUUAGGCAGGGUGUCUGGUGCUUGGCAGAAUUUUUUCUUGUUUUUUUACUUCCUGUGUCAGCUUGAUUGAGUCUUCCUUCCUUCAUCUGGUUUUCUCUUAACAAUGAUGAACCUGAGAAAGUGCCUGCUUUGGGCCUCUGCAUAGGACAGGAGCAGGGUACUUAGGACAUGUCACCCUUGGGACAUCCUGAAAAUCCAUGUAUUCUCCAAGAUUUAUUCUUGUGCAUCAUCAAAGCUUUUUUUUUUUUAUUUGCUCGUGUUUAUAUUAAAUGUAAAACUUAAAUAUUUUUAUUGCAUAAUCUUGGAUUCAAAAAUCUGUGGGAAUCAUUUUUGUAAGGUACAGAGAACACAUGCAUUUCUCUAAGAAUUUACUAUUAACAUGCUUGGGGGUUUUUUGCCUGCUUAUGAUUCUCAUGUUUGUGUGCAUUCUCCAAAAUGUUUUUGUACUCUGCAACUAAUUACUUUUGGGUAACAAAAAGCCUUGUGUUUCAUGCCCUAAAAUAUGUAAGGGUUUCCUUAUAAAAGGAUGGCCACAUCAUCUACCUCUCUCUUCCCUUGUUGCUGUGCUAUUAUCGUACGGGUACAAUUCUUACUAACUUCAGAAACUGUGAUGGAGGGGAGAGGUAGAGAUUUCAAAUCUUUAAAACUGACUUCAACAAAAUAUCUUGUAGAAAUUAAGAGUUAAACCAAAACACUUUACUUUCUUCUCCAUCUGCAUGAUCUGUAGAUAUGAUUAUAAUGUAAAACACUCAGCCUCUAUUCAUUGUUUAAAAUGAGUGCUCAGAGCUCACAAAGAAAUAAACCCAUUUAACUGGAAUUCAUCUCAUGCCUCUGGUUAACUUUUCUGGAAUACAGUUUGCUCUUUUUAUAUAAAGAGCCUUUGUGUUUGGCCUUUUACCGUGCAUAUGGUUAACAUGAAAAUCAACGGACUUAUUUUGGGUAAAUGUUAGAUUUUUAAUGUGUUUUUCUCUAGGCAUUACGAUGUCAUCCAAUUUUUGGUGUGACUAUGAAGUAAUUGAUUAACCGCACCUAGACAAAACUGGAAAACACUAUGGGUAAAGAGUACCGUAAACAUGGAGUUGGGAUGUUUGCUGGUUUUUUUUUGCUUUGCCCAUUCCAAAAAGGUUAAAGUGCGUCUUUAUAACAAAAUGUAGCUUCCCUCUCCUGCCACACACACCUGGACUGAAUCUCAGAGAAAGAAUUGUUUGCGUCAAGUGAAUUUGAAUAAUAUUAGCUAUAAAAAUUAUAAAACACCAAAGGCUGCCUAAACCUUAUGGUUUAUUCUGAAUGAGAAGGAAUGGUGUAAAAAUGUAAUUCUUACCAAAACUUGCCUUUAGUCAGAACAUUCAAGUUCUCAGGGACCCAGGCAUAACUGAUGAAACUUUCCUCUAGGACUUCAGAAAACAGAUUCUGACUAUAUCUAGAGUUCUUUUUGUCAUUUUCUUAUUUUUAAUGUGAGUUGAUGGUCAUUUUCAUAUUUCACAAUAGAAUUGUCAUGUGUGUUUUUGUCGUGUUAGGUUAGGAUUAUCUUAAGUUUUGGAUGUGAACGAGAUACAUGAAGAGGUGUUUAAAUGUUCUCAGAAUCUUAAAUGAUUGGGGACAAAUAAUUAGCCAUAAUUUGUAUGAAAAUUUUCAUCCUCUUUUCUAAAGAGUUUUCAAAACGAAUUUUAAAUUGUUAUUUUCCUGACAAACUAGUUCUCCCUGGCUUGUCACUGGUUGUAUUCACAUGCAAAAGGCAUUGGCUGAAUCUUCCUUAUCACCACUCUCAAUUUCUGGAAGUGAGUUACUCUCAGGAUUAAGAGUGAAUAUUGUAAGCCUCUUUCCAAACAUAAGGGUAUAGUAACUGGUGCAAACUCUGUUCUUGAUGCCAUUAAAAAGUUCUCAGAUUUCUUUUUUCAUCUUUACACACCAGUGUUUAGGUAGCUUUUGAAAUGAUGUUGCACCAGUGCAAUGAACUCUGAGACCACCACCUGACGUACAAAAGGGGUUUAACGCCACUUUUCCUGCGUGGUUGGAACAGAUCAUUUUACAUGUGUUCAUAUUCACUUAGGGGGGAUUUAAGUGGAGAAAACGAAGUUGGUUCACUUAAAUUUUGAGACUUUAGUUGGCAUUUGAUUUCCAAAACUGUGCAGUACAUUUUCCAAAAAAUAAACAUGGAUGUUAUUCAGAACAAAGUUAGUUAAUGGCAUUGGUUCAUUUUAUUUGCAUGCACACACAUAGACACACACAGCUACCUAUAUAUGCAAAAUGUAACAUUAGUCUUGGAUACGUUUAGUAUUUGUUCCCAAAAUUGCAAGAGGAUAUUUUUUAUUUCUCGUAGUUAUGGAGCGUUUUUUCUCUUAGUUAUAUUUUUUUUUUUAAAAACUGACUGUUCAACCUUAGCCUGAGAACCUAAGCAGUUUUAAGCAUUUAUAGACAUUUGUGUUCUUUUCCUAACCUACAUCAGGGUACCUGUGUGUGACACAUAGAUAGUGUGUUUUCAUUCUUCACCCUCAGUCUUAAUUUCCCCCUGGAUGUCACCAUAUUUCACUGUUCCUUAACGCAUGGUUGUGUGAAACAGGGUAGAGAUCCUCAUAAUCUCAGCACUGUGGCAUACACAGCAUGUGUGUGCUGUGGUGAACUGCAGUGAGCUAUUUGCAGACCUUUGUUUGAUGAUGAAAAUACUUGUUUUUGUUCUUCAAGUGCUUCAUGAUUCAAAUUUUAUAUGUUUAAUUAAAACUGCAUAAUAUUGAUGGGUUCAGAAACUAUUAUAAUAAACAAUUCUGUGGCUUUAUAGCUUUAUUUCCUUGUAUUUUCAAUAAAAUGCUCUUUCCAUC